AUGUUUGGGCUAUUUUUGUUGGAUAUUAACCAGAACCAAUGGUCUGACGUAUUUUACAACAUUGUCUCAAAAGCAGCAAACGUAGGAACUUUGUUAGGAGUGGAAGGAAGCUAUGAUAACAAAUUGCACGUGAUGAGCGCAGAACUUCAUUUGCCUUCGCCUGUUUUAUUGACUAGGGAGUGUUAUUUUGGAAGAUACAGCAAGCAGCUAUCUCAUAGCACAUGGGGGGUCGUGGAUAUAUCAUUGGAGAAGUUUCUUCCCUCCCCAACGAGCAAUUUUUCGAAAAGACCAUCGGGAUGUUUAAUUACAGGAAUGCCUAAUGGAUACUCUAAGGUUAUAUGGGUAGAGCAUGUAGAAGCAGAACAUCAUGCGGACGAUUAUUUCCAGUCUCUAUUCACCUCCACUCUAGCUUUUGGUGCAACUCGUUGGGUUAAUUCCUUAGUUCGAUAUAGCGAAUGGUUACAAAGCCUAUACGCAACCGCAUUGGUUGCUGAUGAAGGAGUUACUAUAGCACAAGCAGGUAGGACAAGUUUGCUAAAACUGGCAGAUAGAAUGAUGAAAACAUUUUGUGGAAAUGUGAGUUCUACCGCAGACAAUCCAUGGACGCAAAUGGCAUGUUCCUCAUACGUGAGAAUCAUGGUGAAGAACAAUAACAUCAAAGAAAGUGGAAAGCCUCUUGGUACAUCCGUGGUUUUCACUACUUCUAUUUGGCUCGAUGUCUCCCCAAAUCGACUGUUCAACUUCCUUCGCCACGAGAAUUCCAGAACUAAGUGGGAUGCGCUUUCUCGUAGACAUACUAUUCGAGAAUUCGCGUCGAUACUCAAGGGUGAAAAUCCAGGGAAUCGUGUUUCCCUGAUGCGAGCAAACAACUCACAGGGCAAGCUUGUAAUCUGUUAUCUGCAAGAGAGUUACCAAGACUCAACAGGUUCGUACGUGGUGUAUGCUCCACUGGACGAGCAAGCUGUGGCAGCUCUUAUACAUGGAUCCAACCCUGACAAAGUGAUGAUCCUACCAUCAGGGUUUAGCAUACUUCCUGGAAGGUUGCAGGAAGAGGAUGAUAGAAACUCUCGAAGUCUUCUAACAAUCGCAUUCCACAUAGUUGAAAGUCGCACAAGUAAGCCAUUUAUUGCUCCUGAAUCAGUAGAAAUCAUAUACAAAGUCAUUUCAGAUACUGUUAACUCUAUAACCGACUCAGUGCUGUAUCAUAAUCAUCGCAACAAUUGGAUGGAUGAUUGGAAUAGUUAG